UAAGCCUCAAUGUCGGUCAGUCAGACAAAGUAGGACAUGUCAGGAUAACAACCCAACAAAUGUUUUGUCGUCAAGGGAGAGUGCAAGCUUGAACAGACCAACUGAUACCAAGUGAAGAUGGAUCGUCACAUGUUUGAUCAGAUUGCUAAGAUCACCGACAGCUUGUUCCUGUCAAGUGCAGCUGCUGUCCGGGGUGACCGUGUUGUUGGUCUGGGAAUAACUCACAUAAUCAACUGUACCAUGGAUGUUCCCAACCUGAAUGUAGCCAACGUAGAGUGUAUACAAAUCCAUGUUGAUGACACACCAUCAGCACGACUCAGUCUCUACUUCGACCGAUGUAGUGACAAGAUAGACCAGAUGCAAGGCGGUGGUCGUGCCCUUGUACACUGUGUUGCAGGUGUAAGUCGCUCAGCUAGCCUGUGUAUUGCCUACCUCAUGAAGCAUCACCAUAUGUCACUCAGACAAGCUUACUGGCAUGUCCGAGCACGCCGCUCAGUGAUACACCCAAACUUUGGAUUCUGGCGCCAACUCAUAGACUUUGAACGUAGACUGACUGGCACAACAUCAGUGAAGAUGAUACACUCAGGAAUUGGGUACAUCCCUGAUGUGUUGGAGGAAGAGACCCGCAACAUGAUCUGGUUUGGACCCCAGUCGACAUCAUACUCCCGAGCUUAUGGAGGUGGAACUUUGAGGUCUGACAGAGGCAGCAGUAACAGCAUUGGCAGCAGCAGCGGAGGAGGGGCAACGUAUCGAUCAUCAUAUGGUGGGGGCAGUUACCGGUCCAGAUAUGGAAGAUACUGACACAGUUAACACAAGUAGUAUUAUACAGUGAGUGAUGUGAGAGCGCUCUGCAGGCUGUGUCCAUCAAUAUUUCCACCCGUAACACUGGGAUAUCCUAUGACAGGCCCGUAGUACACAGAGUAUACACCUUUAUCAGCAAUCAGCUGGGUGUGAAGGAAUGAACACUACUGAACACUUUCUAUUUAUUAUAAUACUGUAAAGGCACUGUUGUUACUGCAUGGUUUGGUUACUAUUUAUUGUUGUGUACAUAUGUAUGAAGUGUUACCGGUUGUUGAUACUUCCAGCAUUCUGUAGUCAGGUAUAUUAUGUUGUCAAGUAAUACAGGCUCUUCAAGUCAAUAUAGUCCAAGCAGUAAUUCUUAUUCCAAUUAUUUGAAUUUAUUUUGAAAAGGUGUGCUAAGGAAGGUACAUUUUUAAAUUACUAGUUAAGUUUCUUAAUACUGCGUUGUGUUUUUAUACAUCAAUUUUACCUGCAACAGUAUUUUAUUCAUGUCUUCAUCAAGCUCAUGUCCUCUUGUAUAGAAGCUGUGUCAUGAGGCCCUUAAAGCCAUGCAGCAAAUAAGCCGGCAUAUAGUCCACUAGGCUUCUUUAAUGGCAAACACAGUCUCCACAAAUGAAUAUUCUUGUUCUUAAGAUUUUUUUCGCAAAAAUGAUUUAUUAGAUGAGCUUAGAAGGUUUCAUAAAUUUGCUGGAGAGAUGUUUAUAUGUUAGGAAAUGAUGAAAUACAGUAAUUAACAAUGCUAAAAUAUAACAUCCUUAUCCUGAAACUGGUUACUUCAAAAUUCUUCUUUUAUGAUCAGCAAGUAGUCUGUUUGUGUUGUGAUCAUCAUUGCUGGCAGAUUUGGAAACACAAUCUCCUCAACAGAAGCUAAAACUUAAGUCUUACAGACCACUAUAUUUGUUUGAAGUGUAUUCAGGACAAGGUAAUGAUAUGAGGCAUACAAUGUUGAGGUACAGAUUUGUCAGAUAUGAAUAUAUGAGGUCUACAUUUAUUAGCUCAACAAUGCUCAUCAUCAAAGCACCUCUUCAAAUUUCGAGUUAGAUUGAAGUGCAUACAAUCAGAUGUGUAUUUUUGCAACAUGUGAUUUAUUGUUUGAUAAGAACAACUGAUUUUGAGCUGACUACAAAGAUAUAUUCUGUACUUUGUACAGCUCGGUGCUGCUAACCAAAGUUGUGUGUGUUCUCAAGGUCAGGAUAUACAUGUAGAUAUAUACGUAGAGCUAGUCUAUUGCAUGUUAUAAGGGGUUCCGUCCCAAUAACAGUCAUACAUAUAUCAAAGCAUUAUUGUAUUUUCUUAUUCAAUUUUCUGAUACAUAUAUAUAAUUCUUAUUUAUCACUCACUCUAGUUCGAAAGGAUUCUCUCAAUGAAAAUUUGAUGAAAAAGAAAAAACGUUUUUCUAUGUUGUCUGGUUGUUUUGUGGGUGGAAAUUUGUUGUUCCAAACCAGUGUGAGCAGAGACAUUUACAUUGUUUUCUACUUCUCUCAGGCAGUACAUUACGGUAGGUCUUGGGGCAAGUUUUAUGACAGACCCAUGUGUUUAUCGCUGAAAAUGUUAAUGAAAAAAAUCUCAAAUAUUUAUGUAUUUUCAACCUCUGGCUUUAGAUGAAGGAUAGCUGUCAUGAUCCAAAAAGAUAUUGAAGACAAGGCUUCACUGGAACUAUAGCAAUCACCAUCAGUGCUGUCUCUUGGGGGUUAUCCGGGACCCUCCCGAAGUAGCACACUCGAUCACAUAGAAAAUAUCUCUUACUAUUAUUGUAUACUGUUAGUUUCAUGAUCUGACUUCUGUAGGUCAUCAGGAGGAUCUCAGGCACAAAGCAACAACAACAAAUUGCUUCUAUUAAAGCUGAGAAUGAAGUUGAAUGUCCAUGAUUCAGUAUACAACAAUCUAGACAAAGUAGUCAAGGGUUAGUGAGCAUGUGUUAGAUAAGGGCCAUGUUGACAGCAUAGAAUGUCCAGUAGAUGGCUAGGACUGACCAGUCCAUUUCGUGAGGUGUUCAUAAGUGAACUUUCACUGAAUGCUUUUAUUUUAUAUAAGUAAUUUCAAUUCAUGAAUUAUAUUUAUGAUAUCCAAACAAAAAAUCCGUUUUUUAAGGACAUAUAUAUUUUGAUUUUAAAUCUUAACUUUUGUGUCGACGUUUCAGUGAAUGUGCCUUGCCAUAAACAUGAAAUCAGCAUUUUAGGUCUUGUGUAAAUACAUUUCUUAAGAUAUUUUCACAUAACUAGUCAUGGGCAUUUCCCACCGAGUGCUGAAGCACAAAUGAUGACAAACAGGCCACUUCCUUGUACCGUCUUCAGCUGGAGCAGAAGGCAAAUUACAAACAUAACAAAUAUGUUUUCCUUGGAACAAAACUAUAUGAUAUAUUUUUUCCUUGAAGCCUACAGGGGGUAUUAGGCUUCUUUAUAUAUUUGUUUUAGCAUGUUUUGUGACAUAAAAUUAAGGUUUUGCUUGUCCACAAAAUAUACAAAAUAAUGUGUCUGGCCUAAUUACCAUGUAGCUGGGACCUAAAGAAUAUUA